AUGGAGGUCACCGAAAGAGAUGAAGCUGGGCACGUCUUUCGAAUAAGAAUAAAACCUUCGACGAUUGGACAAGUGGUGUUCGACGCAAACAUAGAAGGCAACACUUCUCGAGCAUCGUUCCUAAGUUUCAUUACAAAGGUGUUCCUGCCAGCUGGUUAUCCACGUAGUGUUUCUCCCGACUACCUUCGCUAUCAAAUUUUGAACGCGGCUCAAGCUUUCUGCAGUUCAUUAGCGAGCUUGUUAUCAUCAAGAGCAACACUGGAAGGUUACGGAGUCGGAAAUGCAUCUGCAUCCUCCACGAACGCUCUACUGCUCACCGUCCUACAGGAUAUUUCCAACAGACUGACAACCAUCAUAGCAGCCUUCUUUUUCGGAUCUUCUUUGUUCCCUGAAGCCAAAACAUACCGUUUUCUUGCUGAUCUCCUCAACGAUGCUGCGAUCGUGAUCGACACGCUUUCACCCCUCCUCGCUUCUCUAUAUGAUGCACACGUUCCAACAUUUGUGGCAGUAAUACCAUUCCUUCCUCCUACAGUCCCUUUACGUGUAUACACACUCUGCUUCAGCGCCUCAAUGCGCGCUCUAUGCGGCAUUGCUGCCGGUGGUUCAAAAACGGCUAUUACGAUGCAUUUUGCAACUCCUUUAGAAGGCACUGGGGAUGUUGGGGAUCUGAAUGCCAAAGAUUCUAGUAAAGAGACGGUUCUUGCUCUGUUGGGUAUGCUGAUCGGAACCAUAACCGUGCCAUAUCUCACUACUCCCUGGUCGACAUAUACAGUCCUCUUCAUCAUGGUGUUUCUUCAUCUCCUCAUUAAUUAUAUUGGAGUUCGUGGCGUCAUCUUUAGAUCUCUAAACCGGCAACGUGCAUGCUUGGCCUGGAUGGCAUUCAAGUCCAAACCUGGCUUCAUUAAUACCCCCACCCACCUUGCAUCCUUAGAGCAUAUCCUUGCGCAUUCAAAUACCAUUCUAAGCCUUUCCUCUGGAACUGUCAUCGGACACUGCGAUAUGGGCUCGAGCCUUACGACCUGUAGCCUUGACCCUGACAUCAUGGAAAUCUUUCGGCAUAAACGCUAUGUUCUCUGCUUGGACAAAAAAAGCUCUUUGCAUCUUGGGACAAAACCCUCUUUCCAUAUCCUCCUAAAGCAUGGCUAUAAUUUGGCGGAUCAGUUACAUGCUUGGAUCCUUGCUUGCGAAAUAACCCGACUUUUUUCUUCUAUGAAGACAGGAAAAAUUGGGAUGAAAACCUUGAUACAAGAAGCUCUGACCACUUUCGAUGAGGAUUACACAUCCUUCUUAGAGGAUUUACAGAAGCACGGCUGGAUGACUGUAAAUGUGACAGCAGACGAAUCCAUUACCAAAGAGGACAGCGAAUAUCACCCACCUCCUCUUCUUCCUGGCUUACAAAUCAUAUCGUUCAGUUCCAGUGCUCCUAAAAGUGUGAUAAUUGGCAUUUCCAGUACCCUGCACAAGAAGGACCAGUAA